AUGGAGGAGCAAGAGCAACAAACGGGGUCAAGGGUCAAUCUUGUUAGGUGAGCAUUAAAACUAAAACUGUGUUUUACUCCCACUAAGCUCUCCCUGAGCUCGAUCUUUAUUAAAUCAAGUCAGAUCUUAGGUCUAACCUUAGGUUUAAACAACAGUUUAAGGACUCUUAAACAGGCUUCAAUUUAUAAUUAUUAUUAUUAUUUAUGGGUUUCCAAUUUAGUUUACAAAAAUUCAAACCCCCCCUCUUCUAUUAGCAGCUUUCCACUGUUAAACACAUGGCCCUGUCUAACAUGAGGGUCCCAUAUACUCAGACCUCUUUUCCAACCCAAUCAAACACCCUUGUUUCUUAACAUUAGUGCUUAACAUAGAUGCUCGGAGGCUGAAAAUAAGUGUGUCACUGGAUUUAAAUGAGGGUGGUGUGAGUGCUCCAUUUUUUCACUGAAAUCUUUAAAGCUGCACGUCACAUAAUUUGACAUGAAAAGGUGUAUCACAUAUAAUGAUCACAAAAACAUUUGACUGUGUUACUCUUUGUUGUGUUUGAUGGCUAAUGAUCACUCAUUUUUAAUAAAUUAAAGAUUUGAAACGACUGUGAGUAAUUUUUUUACAUUAAUGGAACUGACUGAAAUUCAUAUUAACGCCUUUCUCCGUGUUAUUCAAAAGUAAACGGGACCAUAAGUGACAAGACGGAUGAUUUGUAUAUCAACAUUUCUAGUUCCUUAAAACUGGUGCAAGGAGGGAGCAGGUGAAGAAACAGCCCUGUUUUACAAUUAACAGAUCUGACAAAAAAAAAAAAAAUCAGCAGGAUUUUAAAGGGAUAUUCCAGUGUAAAAUUAAUUUAGAGUCAAAUACACUGUAACACUGUAACACUGAGUUAGACACCCCCUUGAGAGAUGAAUGUUGCCGACCGCUUGCUUCUCUAGUUAUACCAACUUUAGUAACGACCGCACUAUAGCAAUACACAGCGGUCUGAGGAGCCAUAAACAAACCUCAACCAAAACACCACCCUAUAGCCACAAAUAAUGCUCAGAACAGCACCUAACUUCAUCAACAGUACAUAUAGGGUCCCAGCCAUAGUACUAGCCAUCAAACAUCUUUUUAACUUUGCCUAAUUUCUUUAGCAAAGAGACUAAAUACAACUCACCUACUCUCUUCCAGCAGCCGCUUGUUUGUAGUGAGACCUCAGACGAGUGCAUUACCGACUACAGCGGGGUGACGCAGCUCAAGGAAGAACAUUUAUGAUCCUUACUUCAUCACUUCCUUGAAGUAAUAAUCACCAUAUUAAUCAUUUUGCACUGCAGACGCGGUAGUUCUUCUGCCUUAGCAUCUCGGAAUAUCCCUUCAAGAAGGGCAUGAUAAAGAAAGAAUGCUUUGACUACAGGGGGCGCCAAAGUUGACACAAACCAAAAAUUUCUAACAGGAGCUUUAAACACUUUUUUUCAUUGAAACUAUUUAACUUCUAUAAAAACGAACAACUUCUGUAGCAUGGGAGAAAAUAGAAAGUAAGAGAAGUGUAUGAAUGGAGGGAUAAGUAGGGACUGUUGGGCUUCAUUUAUAACACUAUUAAAUGAUAACAUUUGCGAGGAUUAAUCAGAGAUUAUACAUCAGAUUUGUGGGAUUAUCUGUAUCUUGUUGGGGAUCUCCAGGAUAUCCAAUCAGCUCCCUCCCGUCCUUCCCUCCUUCUCCGUGUCCUGUUGGGGAGAAAUCUGACGUGGCAGAGAUCCGGAUGUGACAUAGCUACACAUCAUCGUCUCGAUUUCUCCGUGCAGCUCAGUUACCUGAAACACGUCCACGGGUCCGUGCUGGUCCUUGAGCACAGCUGAGUCCUGGUUCUGACCUGAACCGGGAGACAUAAUGUGGCUGAUCGUGUUGGCCGGUUUACUUCACUGCGCCUCCGCCUACGAUGUGGAUCUAAAGAAGCUGGAGGGGCUGGCGAAGGCGAGGGUGGAGGUACAGUAUCUUAGCAGCCUUAGAUUUCACCGAACUUCACACUGAAUUGACAUAUGACUGAGAUUUUCACUCGAUUUACUGAGCCUGAUUCCGGAAAACCAGUGAACUGGUGCGUUUUGGUCCAUAGAUUACCGGGUAAGGCGCAUGCGUGAGAGCAUCUUUUAGGGAAGUAGUAUGAGUAGAGCUGAAUGAGACCCAAUAGUAGGGCUGGGCGAUAUGGACAAAAAGUUUAUCACGAUAUAUUUUUUUAAUAUCAGUCGAUAUCAAUAUAUAUCAGGAUAUAAAAAAUGAAAAUUAACAGUGUUUAUUGGUAGCAUGUCUUUUGCAAUACAAUAAGCUGCUGCAUCUGUGAGGUCUUUGUGUCUCUUUGACGUUUUGUCAUAAGGCGUUGCACUAGAGAAAGUAGACUGAAUGGUUGGCUGCACAGGCACUGCACAGGCACUGCAUUGCACGCGUUCUGUGCAUAGUACUGCUUCAGGUGGCGACUUUGUAAGAACAUGUACUCGACAUAAUUUGCACAUUAAUCUGCUUCAUGUCCGACCUCAAAAAAACAAAAUACCUCCACACCACAGACAUUUUCAUGCCAGUGUUGUGGAGGAUGUCAUCUGUUGAGCCUUCAUCGUGGGUAGCACUCAUUUUCUUUUUUUCUCACCCACAGUGCUGUCAGCUUCACGUGUUAAAGUGCUAUGGUUGUGUGUAGCUGCGGCCUGUUACUACGCUGUUGGUCUCUACUUUUAAUUCAUCUCAUGAUUGGUUCAGCACGACACGGCCCUGGAGCAACCCUCCUUAUUGCGGCUCUCCUAGUACCUUUUGAAAGUCACUUGAGGCAGAGACUAGGUCCUGUAAAAAAAAUGCUUCCACAAUCGCCAAUGAUUUACGCGCGCACAUCAGAUAGAGAACGUGUACACUUUGCGACAUGUAUUAUAGGAAACAAAGAACGUAAAGCGCGGUCAACAAAAAUCACAGUUACCUAGGCUCACCUCUCCACCCCAGUGCAGGUGAGACUGCUCCUUAUAUAACUUAACGGCUUUCAAACACAGUGCCCAUGCGACCCAAACCCAGCAGAACCAGUAGCAACAAGACAAAAGUAACUGAACACAGGAUAACCGAUAAGCAAAGCAUCAUUAUGGCUCCUAGACUCCUUUUUAUUGGCUAUUUGUGUAGUCUACCAAAACAUGGCAGAAUGCCGACUAUUGGAAGGCAGAUUGAUCAUGUUUCAUAUUGAUAUUGAGGGAAAUUCAUUUUCUAUAUGUGUCAUCAUCAUUUUAUGGCCCAGCCCUACCCAAUAUGUGUGGUAUCUACAGUCUAAUAUCAUGGGUAUAGACUAGAAAGAAUCGUAAUACUUACAAAUCUGCAACAGUUGGAUUUAGUUUCUGGGACGACUCAGACAAAAGGUUUUUCAUCGCCAGGGGAUCUGAUUUCUAAACUUUGUAAUUCUACCCCUCAUGAUGUGAGAAACUAAGCUCUUUACCCCAGGGUGACACUAGCCACCACCCUGCCAGCAUUUAUCUGUUGCUUUUGUUGUGUGAAUCACAGCCCUACCGCUAAAGGUAGAAGGUGCGAGGCUCAGAUUUCCAUAAAAAAGGUGUCAGGCCUUCUUCCCAGAGGACUAAACCUGGGCUUCACAAAAGAUUCAAUGCUGUGGUGGUAUCACAGCUUUUAAGACUCACUGAAGUGUUUCUGUGUAAGAAAUUCAAUAAAGAAAGUCACUGCACAAAGGCCUGCAUGCUUACAUAUUUAAGUGGCAUAGAUGUCAGUUAUCGUUCCUAAUCAAAGUGUCCUACUUUCUCGGUUGGAGAGCCUCUUGUAAUCAUGUCCUCCUGUCCCUUAUGUUCUGUCUCUCUGCAGUCAUGUGGUGGAUGACAGCUGAACAGGCUCAGAGAGGUAAGUUACCACUCUGAACACCGAGAGCAAGUGUAUGAGGAUACUGGGGCCUAAUCCCUGCCUAAGAGCAUUUCCUCACUGUGUAACGUUUUACUUUCUACUAUCUAAGGUUUCAGAUAAUCCCCACAGAGCUGUCAGUGAAAGCAGCACUGAGUGACAAACGUUAACCCUCUCCUCUGUCUGUCUGCAGGUCAAAGCCUUUGUGGUCGAAGACAUUCCUCUCUAGUAUCCUUUGACUCAAGAAGUACACUCUUGUUUCUUGAAUGUGCUUGUUAAUGCAUGUUUAAUUUCUGUAAUUUUCCCUCUAUGCCGUUCCUUGACGGUCGUUACCUCAGCCAUAACCUGGUGAUGAAGCACAUUCCCGGGGCCGAUCCUGAGCUUGUUCUUCUGAACCAUUAUUUUGAAGAGCUGGAUGUAAGUAGUUCCUCUAUAGUGCACUCAGUACUCCUUAUAGGUAUGAUAUUAUUUAAUAGGAAAGCUAUAAUGUAAUCCAGUCAUAAUAUGCUGUUAUAUUAUUGAUCCAGGUUUGGACCAAUGCUAAAACGAUACUUAACCCUAGAGCACUAUCACUAAAAUUAGUAACACCAUCACUAUUGCUAUUGGGUGAUUUUUACUCGAAAUAAUAAACCCGGGAUAAUCCAGGGACCCAUGAUACUCAGACAAACACAAUAUCAUAAUAAUCACGUAAACGUGUUUGGUCAGAUGAAAAUCAGCCGGCAAUAUUGUUCUAGGUUAAGGGGAGGUUGUCUAACUAAAUGUGUAAUUUCCAGUCCAACUAGUAAGUGGCUCAAAAUGUCAUUUUAUAGCAGCUUCUUAAAUGAAUGUUGCUUGAUAUAUACAUUUUAUUUCAAAAUGAGACUAAAGCCAUGAUGGAGAAAUUAAGAUAUCAAUACUUUUUGUGGCCACAAGGGGGCAGAACCUUAAUACCAAACUUCACAGUCGGCAGAACGACUCAGAUGAGAAAAAAACACAUAUACUUUAGCAUGGCAACGGGAAAUUAUUGAUAAAACUAUAUCAAAUUUAUAUUUACUUUUUAUAUAAAUGAACAUUCACCUCUGAUUGCUUUCAAAGAGCUCAUAAUCACAUGCUCCUGUUCAUCAACUUGGUUAAAUGUGAUGCAGCUUUAACAGUGACAGACGUUGACAUUUACCCUGGAAUCUCUGUUUAACCCGUGUCCUUCAGCGGAUCGCUCUCUCUGACAUGACCCGCUCUGAGAUCAACGAGCUGAUGGGGAAGCUCGGCUUCUACAAGAAGGAUAAAGCUCAGGAUGAGGUGCCAGAGGAGUUCCGCUUCUCUCCUGCCAAAGACAGCCCAUUCAAAGAUGAGCCGGCACACAAACCUGCCACUUCCUCUCUGGUCACAGAGAGCACCUCCUCAGAGCAAGACCCAGAGGUCGAGCAUACUGACCUUUAA